UGACCUUCAUCUCGUUCUGUUUGCAGAGUGCCUACCCCCGUUGAGCGAAGCCCUACCUGCAUAUUAGUCAUCUCCAACCAACUCGGCGGUGGUGCCAUGCCUUCGUGUAAGCCAGACGGAGUUCUGGCACAGUCCAGGCGAACCAUCCUUGGCUUCUACUUCYUCUCAUCUCCCCUGUGUCUGUUGCUGCCUUUGAUUAUCCUCCUAACCAGGCCGUGGGGCAGCUUGUGUGAAGCACUAGCUCCGCCGAAGUUCACCAAAAUUCCCACUGACCAGAUCGGGGUGUCAGGGGGUGUGGCAUCAUUUGUGUGCCAGGCCACUGGCAACCCCAAGCCAGUCGUCUACUGGAACAAGAAGGGCAAGAAGGUCAACUCCCAGCGUAUCGAGACGAUAGAGUUUGACGGGGGCGCUGGAGCCGUGCUGAGGAUCCAGCCUCUCAGAGCUCCUCGGGACGAGAACGUCUACGAGUGUGUGGCGCGCAACAGCCAAGGAAACAACACCACCACUGCAAAGCUGGAUAUCAUCAGAGAGGACGUGCUACCGUCUGGCUUCCCGAGCAUAGACAUGGGCCCCCAGCUGAAGGUGGUGGAGCGGACAAAGACAGCCACCAUGCUCUGUGCUGCCAGCGGCACCCCUGACCCAGAUAUCUCCUGGUUCAAAGACUUCCUCCCCGUCGACCCCAGCCUCAGCCAGGGUCGCAUCAAAAAGCUUCGAUCAGGAUCCAGUAGAGAAGGAGACACGCAGUCAUACUGCGGAAACACAGCUCGAAAAGUCUUCUUUAAAGACGGAAAAUGA